UGCGCACGGGCAGGCUGGGCCGCCCGGGGCGCAGGACCGGCUCGGACGCGCGGCCUCUCAGGUGGUCUGCUCAGGUGGUCGGGGCUCUGGGAAGCAUCCUUCCGCCGUAAUGCUGUCCGGCGGGCGGCCCCAGGGGUUGUCAGCGGCCGCAGGGAUCCUGGACCCCCUCACCCUGCACGGUGUCUUCCUCCCCGAGAAGCCCGGCCGACGGGGCCGCCCCAGAGCGGGGCGCGCGGUUCUGGGGAAGACAGACAAGCCCAGGCACAGGGUGACCCCCGAGGUGCCGGCCUGCCCUCCGCUUUGAGUUCACUCGGACCCCGACCCUCCCGUCGGCUCCCUUGCAAAGGACGGGGCCAGUCCGGCCUGGGGGGGCGCGGUCCUCGCGCCGUCGUGUAACAGGAGAGCGCCCCAGGCACUACUGUGCCGCGGCCCCAUCAGUGACUGAACCCGCUCUGGCACCUGAGGGUCAGGUCCUGAUUGGCCUUCCUUGCCCGGCCACCAGUGAGGCGCGGGGAUGGGGAGCCCUGCGAGAACCUGUGUCAGGUGGGGUCUGCCGUGGGCAAGCCUGUCCAGCCCCUGCCCAUGGCGAGAGCCGGCCUCAUAAAAAUAGUUCCACUGUUUCCCCAACUGAAUUUUCCACCCAGCCCAUGAAUAGGGUCAUUAUGCAACAGUGGACACUGCACUGAGGCUUGCCUUCUGCUCCCACGGUCCCCUCCCUGGCCGGGGGGUGGGGGAGGUGGGGAGAAGCUGGCCACCCCGGCAUGGGAGUACGCCUGAAACAGGCAGGUGGGGAUACUGUUCCAAGGGCCAGGACAUGAGGAUGACACAUGAGGUCCAGCCGUGGCAACUGGUGGAGGACAGGCACCAUGCUGACCCUCGAGUCUGGCCCACCCAGGAAAUCUCCGGCAGGAUCUGAGUAGCUGCGGCAGAUCUGACCCCAGGCCUUGGGUGGAACCCGGAAGGAGUGCUCAUGGUCCCUCCAUCCAUCUGCAGCCAGACAAGUCAACCCGUGGGAAUCCGGCCUGCUUCUGCCUCCAACCAUAUCACCCGUCCCCGGCCUGCCUGCCUUCUGGGGAGGCUGGCAGCUUCCAGAGCUCAGCCUCCUGCUGCCACACUCAGCAUGCUGACUUCACUCCUCUGCCUCCUCCAGGGUCCGCCAUCCCCACAAGGGGCAGACCAGCUGUUUUUAGCACAUGGCAAGUUAUGUAAGGGAGGCCUCUCUGGGGCAGCUGGGGUUCGAGCGCAGGUGUGUCUGGCACACACCCACACACACCUGCAGAGCACAGGCUGUGACAGAGUGCGGUUGGGGCAGAGGCAGGUAGAGGCCCUCUCUUGCCUCAGUUUGUCUGUGUAAAAUGGGGGUGCUGACUUAUGUGGGAGCACCUUGUUGGGAAAACUCAGCUCGGAGCCCCUCAGCAUCAGCCCCCACCCUCCUGAUCACCAAGCACCCUGAGUCACAACUAAGGGAGAAAUUCCCGAAGACAGAUGUGGCCAGCAGGUCCUGCCAAGACCUCACUCCGACCACAUUUGCUGUCUUCCAGGUUCCCAAGGCCCAAGCUGCCCAGCCCUCUGGCCAUAGAGCUGAUGGCCCCAGCAGUUGAGACAGGCGUGGGCAGCUCGGCUGGCAGCAAAUGACAACUGAGACCCUCUCAAACUCCAAAGUCACCCUUUUGGAGCACAAGGAGGAGCUAGCCCUUUCUGCCAGACUUCAGCCCCUGCCUCUUGUGCCAAUGGCCCUGCUAUAGGAAGAGGCUGGCUGUGCUCUCUCCUGAGCAUCUUGGGUGGGGGUCCCAUGGCUCUGUGUGGGAAGAGCUACCAGGAAACCACAAGGGUUAAAGUGAAGAAAACAUCCCCUACCUGUGGGCUGCUACGCCCUCCCCAGGCCAGGGCUCAAGAGGGGGUCCUGAAGAGCCAGCCUGGAGGUGACCAGGCAGGAAGUGUUCACACACCGCGACCCUUCCGGGGGAGACACCUGGCCAGACCCUGAGCAUCCCCCCCUGCCCACCGCCUGGCUGGAGGCACCUCAGGGAGCCCCUCUGGGCUCCCUAGAGCACCUGCUUAACCCUGUGGUCAGUGUUUGAAGGGGUGGGGAGGUUCCCCAUUUGCACCAAGAAGGCCCCUCCCCCUCCCAGAAGCGGGUGGGCCAGUCUGCAGACCCCCACCAACCCACAUCCACCAGGAAUCCACCACACAUGUAGAAUCCAUGGGCUCGGACUUCACCUCGGUCACACCAGAAGCCCCAGGACCAUCUCUAAGCUGCCCCCGAGGGAGAGGGGUACCUGCAGGUGAGUAAGCUGAGCCUGGGGAGCCCCAGGAGACAGCAGGCGCCGACAGUCUCUGGGGCAGCCCCGGCCUGGGCUCCCUCAGCUCAGCCUCGGUGAAGCCUAUCCCUCAAAGUCCCAGAGGGGGUGAUACUCAGUACGUGGGGGCCGGCUGUCCUACAUUCCCUCUGGGGAGAGGGGUGGAGGAUCUGGGGCCACCUGCCUGUCCCUUCUCUGAGGUGUCCUCACACCCUUCAGUACGGUUCUGGAGGGUAACCACAUGGGCCUCCCCUGCGGCAGGAGCUGGGCUCACCCAGUCCUUCCCAGCCUGCACUCCUGCUCCUCCUGGGGCCGGGGAGGCCUGGGGAGGCAGGAGGGGGGAAGCACCAGGAGGGGAGGAUACAGUCUCUUGGCCUGGCGAGACUGCCAGAGUGCUCUCUGCCCUCCCAGAGGUGGGCUCUGGGGUGACCUCCUCCCCCCACACUGGUCACCGAUCCUUGCCCCCGGGCGCCUUAUGCGUGGGCCGGUCUCAAGCUGUUUCCCCAGGAUGAGGGAAGGAGGGUUUGUGCCUUCUGCCUUGAGCCCCUCUGGUACAGGUCAUCAUCACAGGCUUGCCUCUGUCCCUGGCCAGGGCUCCCUCUCCCACAGGAAAGUAGGGGCUCCUGUUCCCUGUAAGAUGCCCUUGGCUGGCUGAGACUCUGGCUAGACUUGAGCCCCCCAAGACCGGGGUCUCCAGGACCCUCCUUCCUGGAAGCAACCUUCUUCAGUCUCCUGAGCCACAGGUCACUCCUGCUCUGAUUACCCAGAGUCCCCAGGGCCUUCCUCUCUGCCUAGAGGCCUCCCCGAGGACAGUGUGUCCCCCAUCCCCUCGGUAACAUCACCUAGCCCACAAAGGAAAGCUGCUCUGUAGAAGAGGGCCUGGGACACCCCGGGCCUGUGCUGAGUCUGGAGAGCCUGAUGGGGGCUUGGGGAGGGGGUAUCCACACCAGUGGUGUUGGCUGGUCCCACCCCUGAGCCUUGAGCAGGAAGAGGAAACUAAGGCCCAUGUUGCACUUGAGGAAAUGGGCUCCGAGAGGUUGAUUAAUCCGGGCACGUUCACAUGAAACCAGGAGCCACUCAUCCCCAGACCUCACAUCCAGGGCUCUGUGCAAGAAAAGCUCACCGGGGGAAAGACCCCCAUCCCUGUCCUCGGGGCUUCCCCUUCCGGGUCCGGAGUGGGUGUGUCCGGCCCUGGCCCUGGCAGAUGGGCCCCUCCCAUCUCCCACGCCUCGCCAGCCUGUUAUAAAGAGGAGGCUGCCGGGCCAGUGUCGGGCCACAUCCCACGCUGUCUUGUCACCUCCUAGAGCUGCCAUCACUGGGGCCAACGCCACGGAGAAUGGAGACACCUGCAGAAGGAGACUCUGGCUCCCAGGGAGGAGCCACGGCCUGCACAGCCACAGCCGGUGGUUCCCUGACAGUCUGCGAGGACCAGCGGCCGCCGCCAGCCCUGCAGGAGGACAGGCAGAGGGAGGGGCUGGUGGAGCUGCACACCUCCUUCCGGGAGCUGCUCACCUUCUUCUGCACCAACGCCACCAUCCACGGCGCCAUCCGCCUGGUCUGCUCCAGCCAGAGCCGCGUCAGGACGGCCUCAUGGGGGCUGCUGGUGGCAGGCGCACUGGGCGUGCUCUACUGGCAGUUCGGGCUCCUCUUUGCCGAAUACUGGCGCUACCCGGUGGUUGCCACAGUGUCCGUGCACUCGGAGCCCAAGCUCUUCCCAGCCGUCACUCUGUGCGACAUGAAUCCGCACAGGCCGCGCUCAGCCCGCCACCACCUGCAGGUGCUCGAUGAAUUUGCCCAGGAGAACAUCCAGUCUCUCUACAAGUUCAACUUCAGCAAGAACAGGGACGUCCUCUCUGCAGCUGACCAGCUCCCACAGCCUGCCUUCUACCUGGACCGCGGGGUCCGCCUGCAAAGGUUGAGCCGACCCGGUGGCCAGAAUAAAGUGGGUUUCAGACUGUGCAACAGCACAGGUGGGGACUGCUUGUGCCGUGCCUCCACGUCGGCUGUGACAGCUGCCCGUGAGUGGUACUGCUUCCAUUAUGUGAAUGUCUUGGCCCUGAUGCCCACCGCCCACGAGGACAGCCACCGCAGCGACAGAGGCCACUUUGUCCUCUCCUGCCAAUUCGAUGGCCAGGACUGCCAGGCCCGGCACUUCCGGACGUUCCACCACCCCACGUACGGCAGCUGCUACACCUUCGACGGCGUCUCAGCUGCACAGCACCAGGGCGUCACCCGCGGGAUCAGCCUGGUCCUCAGGGCUGAGCAGCGGCACCACCUGCCUCUGCUGUCCACGGAGGCCGGCGCUAGGGUCAUGAUUCAUGGACAUGACCACACGCCCUUCCUGGAGCACCAGGGCUUCAGCAUCCGGCCAGGGACCGAAACCACCAUCGGCAUCCGAGAGGACGAAGUACGCCGGCUGGGGAACCCCUACAGCCACUGCAGCGAGGGCGCAGACGGUGUGGACGUGCCCCUGCUCUACAACGCCUCAUACACCCUGCAGGCCUGCCUGGUGUCCUGCUUUCAGCAGCUGAUGGUGGAGACCUGCUCCUGCGGCUACUUCUUCUACCCCCUGCCGUCGGGGGCCGAGUACUGCAGCUCCGCGAGGCACCCGGCCUGGGGUCACUGCUUCUACCGGCUCUCCAGGGACCUGGGGACCCACCGGCUUCCCUGUAGCUCACGCUGCCCCAGGCCCUGCAGGGAGUCUUCCUACAAGCUCUCCGCUGGGACCUCCAGGUGGCCCUCCUCCAAGUCAGCUGACUGGAUCCUGGCGGCGCUGGGCAAGCAUGGCCACAGGAGCCUAGGCCAGACCCCAGGCCUCAGGAGCAGCGUGGCCAAGGUGAACAUCUUCUACCAGGAGCUCAACUACCGUAGGGUGGAUGAGACACCAGUUUAUUCGGUGCCCCAGCUGCUGUCAGCCAUGGGCAGCCUCUGGAGCCUGUGGUUCGGCUCCUCGGUCCUCUCUGUGCUGGAGCUGCUGGAGCUGCUGCUUGACGCCCUGGCUCUCAUGGUGCUUCGGGGCUGCCGCUGGCUCCACACAGCUCAGGGGUCCCAGCUGGGGGCAGCCACAGGGGCACCCCCCACGAUCCCAGGAACCGAGCAGUUACCCACUGACCGCAGGAAUAUCAACCAUCUGGGGGGCCCUGCUGGCCUUGUGCCCCGCAAUCCUUCCAGGAGCUCUGGCCAGAGUCUGCUGAAGAGUUAGGCCACACAAGCGCCCCCUGCCCCACGCCCGAACCAGCAGGAGCUUAUUCUGAUCCUGAGGGAUGUGGCUGCAGCAAGCUCUCCAGGCUGCCCACGGGGAACCAGACCUGCCCCCCAGAGCCACUGCCAGGAGGCCAAGCCAAACCCAGGGCCAGGAAAGCGGCACUGGGGGCUCCAGGCAGGCAGGCAGGAGGAUGCCCAGCCCACCGGGCACUCUCAUCAGCCGGCCACCUGCCCAGCAGCGGCCUCAGGGACGCCCAGGGCAGCGGGCAGGGGAGUGUCCCUACCUCUCUGGGUUCCCAUGUCUAGUUCGUGCACAGCUGGGAGUGUGGGUGCAUACAAGGGGGGAGGGGCCUCCACAGGGGAGUGUGCCCGUGUGGUUGGUGUCACGUGAAUAUAUAUGCAUUUCUAAGCGUGUCAA